AUGUCACUUUUCCCCGUUUUGCUUCAACCCUCCUCCGGCAGUAACGACACAGCCGCCGGAGAUUGGCUGCAAAAUUCGAGCUUCACUGCCGACGCCGGCGCCCUGAACAACGCCGUUCCUUCUCCAAACCAACAAAUUCAGCUCGAAGAUUCAUCUUCAUCAUCAGGCGAAGAUGAAAGGGCCCACAAAAACAGAGUGAAAGUCAGUGGUCCACAGUACGAACUGGUAAUAAACUCGUCCGCUUCGGAUCGAGGCUCUCACAGUGAUGAUGGUGAUGAUGAUGAAGAAACAGGGAAGAGGAGGAGAAAUAAAAACAGGCGUAAAAAAAAGAAAAAGAGGAAGAUGGAAUCAUCAUCUGCAACCCACUUGUUUCCUAGGAAGCCUGAUUCUCAAAUCUGGGCUUCUUCUUCAACCACUAGCUCUACUAAUAAUGCCAAAGAUUACUAUUUUGAUUCUCGCGGUGACCGCGAUAAUCUGGCAUUCGGUAGUCUGUACAGGAUGGAUGUUGCUCGCUACAAUCUUCACAAUACUAAAAAAACAUCUGAUUUCAGUUCUCAUAGAUUGGGUCACAGGAACUCUGUUUUUGAUGGUGAUCAAGAUCUUCAGGGAUUGGAUUCUAAACUUAGAUUGGGAGGAAGGUAUUGGUCUGCACAGUAUGCUGCCUUAGAGCGAAAUAGAAACUUGAAGCGAAUCCGGGUUUUUCCACCCGAGGAGAAGAAUGUGUCUAGAAGAACUUGUUCUGAUUUCAUCUCUUUACUGGAUGAUGGAGAAUCUGAUCAUUUGGGGGCUAAUUUUGUUGAGGAAUCAUGGGAAGAUGAGCCCCAAAAGGGUGCGCGUUCACAGACCCUUGAAAAAAAGAUUAGUAUUUUGGAGAAAGCAGCUGAACUGAAUCCAGAGAAUGAAGAUCUGUUGCUUUCUCUGUUGAAAGCUUAUCAGGGUCGAGAUGGCACUGAUGUUCUGAUCAGCAGAUGGGAAAAGGUACUUGUCCAAAAUCCCGGGAGUUACAGAUUGUGGAGGAAAUUUCUGCGGGUUGUUCAGGGUGAAUUCUCUAGGUUUAAGGUAUCUGAGAUGAGAAAAUUUUAUGCUAAUGCUGUCCGAGCAUUAUCUGGUGAAUGCAGCAAGAUGUACGCGCAGGUUCACCGAGAUACUAGUAAUCAGUACCUUCUUGAUCUUGAGCUUGGUUUAGUAGACAUAUCUUUGUGCCUUUGCCGAUUUGAAUGGCAGGCUGGCUACCGCGAGUUGGCUACCGCUCUGUUCCAGGCAGAGAUUGAGUACUCUUUGUUUUGUCCUUCUUUGCUUCUCAGUGAGCAAAGUAAGAGAAGACUGUUUGAACACUUCUGGAACAGCAAUGGUGCAAGAGUUGGAGAAGAUGGUGCUCUUGGUUGGGCCACCUGGCUGGCAAAAGAGGAGGAACAAAGGGCAAAGUUUAGAAGUGAGGAAUUAUCUCAUGAAGUUGAAGGUGGUGGUUGGACUGGUUGGUCAGAGAUGCCAUCCAAAACUCAGGAAGGGAGAGAAAUUCUUGAGAACGGCGUGGCUGAUGAUAUGGUUGUUGAGGAUUUUGAUGAUGUUUUGCCUACAAAGGAAGAUGAAAAUGAUGAUGACACUGAGACUUUGUUGAAUGAACUACGCAUUGUUGCAGCAGCAGAUGCUAAUAUUGAUGCUAACGACGUUAACACAUGGACUAGUUGGUCGAAAGAAGAGUUAGCUAGGGAUUGCAAUCAGUGGAUGCCCGUUCGCGCAGAGAUUACUGCAGCUGCGUCAGCUCAUGGUGGUGACGCCAAAGAUGAUGAGCAACUUCUUAGAGUGAUUGUGUACGAUGAUGUGGCUGAUUAUGUGUUCUCGUUGAUUUCUGAGAAAGCGCGAUUAUCUCUAGUCUCACAGUUUAUUGAAUUUUUUGGUGGAAGAAUAUCGCAAUGGGCUUGCUCCAAUACUUUCCCUCAAAAUUAUAUUUUAGAAGAAGCUGUUCUCAUUAGCGAAGAGCUUUCAAAAUCAGAAAUGAAAUCUUCCCAACCACAUGUCACUCCAUGUAGGUCUUUGGCAAAAAGUCUCUUAAAACAAAACCGGCAAGAUAUAUUGAUAUGUGGUGCCUACGCACAACGGGAAGCAGCUUAUGGGAACCUUGAUCGUGCUAGAGAGAUUUUUGACAUGGCAUUAUCAUCUAUCGAGCAACCUCCAAAGGAUGUUCAGUCCAAUGUUUCUCUUUUGUAUCUCUGGUAUGCUGAAAUGGAGAUUGCCAAUAAAUCGGUAGACAAUUCAGAAUCAUCUUCUCGAGCUAUGCACAUUCUUUCGUGUUCGGGUUGUGGAGUCAAGUAUAAUCCUUAUAGAAGUCGACCAUCCAAUUUACAACAACUCAGAGCACGACAAGGGUUUAAAGAACAAAUAAGAAUGUUGAGUUCGCAAUGGGCAUGCGGUAGGAUAGAUGAUUCCUCGUGUGCUCUCAUCUAUUCUGCUGCUUUAUUUGAAGAACUGACGACGGGUCCAGCUGCCGCUAUUGAGAUUCUGGAAGAAGUUCUCUCCAUGGUUCUUCCAGAAAGGAGGCGACAUAGUCAUCAACUUGAAGUUUUGUUCAACUAUUACCUAAAGAUACUUUGUCAAUAUCACCAGGAAAUGAUGUUUGGAAAUACGUGGGAGGCUAUUAGCAAAGGACUACAAAUGUAUCCCCUCAACCCUCACUUGUAUGCUACAUUGGCCGAAUUCACUCAUAUCCACACUUCACCAAAUAAAAUGCGGUGGAUUCUUGAUGAAUAUGUUGGCAAGAAAUCAUCUUUAGUUGCUUGUUUCUUCUCGUAA